GGGGGUAUUUUAAUAAAAUACGAAAAUAGUACAAUCAAAUAACUAACUGUAAACACAACUAACUCCGCUCAAACCCUAGAUCGAUUAAAAAUCCCCAAAUCCGACGAAAACGAUAAACAAGACAAUGUCACCGGAUCACAGAGACAGCAGCCAUCGGAAGAGGUCUCGUCCUCACUCUGACCACCACCACCACGACGACGACGAAAAUGGCGGAAGCAAGAGGAGGUACCGAGGAGACGACAGGGACUCGCAUUCGCACUCGAUCGAUCGCGACGACACUGUGUUCCGUUACCUCUGCCCUGUCAGAAAGAUCGGGAGCGUGAUCGGAAGAGGAGGCGAUAUCGUGAAGCAGCUGAGGAUGGAGACGAGGGCGAAGAUUAAGAUAGGGGAAGCGAUCCCUGGAUGCGACGAGCGGGUGAUCACGAUCUAUAGCGCUAGUGAUGAGACCAAUAAUGAUGAUGGCGGAGAGAAGGCUCUUUCUCCUGCGCAGGAUGCUUUGUUCAGGAUCCAUGACAGAGUUGCGGCGGACGAAGAUGCGCCGCUGCGGAGUGGUGGAGAAGAUGGCUCUGACUCUGAGAGAGAUCAGCAGCAGCAGCAGCAGGUUACUGCUAAGCUGCUUGUUCCUUCGGAUCAGAUUGGAUGUGUUCUUGGGAGAGGUGGGCAGAUUGUUCAGAAUAUUAGGAGUGAGACGGGUGCUCAGAUUCGUAUCAUCAAGGAUAGGAACAUGCCUCUAUGUGCCUUGAGUUCAGAUGAGCUCGUUCAGAUAUCUGGAGAAGUGCUUCUUGUUAAGAAGGCUCUGCAUCAGAUUGCCUCCCGCCUUCAUGAAAAUCCUUCACGUACUCAGAACCUACUUUCUUCUGCAGCUGCCGGUGGUGGAUAUCCUUCUGGUUCACUCAUGAGCCAUGCGGGCGGUCCCCGAAUUGUAGGGAUAGCACCGCUGAUGGAUCCCUAUAGAGGAUACAAAAGUGAUGCCGGAGAUUUUGGACGCCCUUUGUACGAACCUCGGAGAAAUGAGCCACCGGCAACAGAUUUCUGUAUUCGGCUGGUUUCCCCAGUUGAGAACAUUGCGAGUGUUAUUGGUAAAGGUGGUGCUCUGAUCAAUCAGCUCCGACAGGAAACCAGAGCAACCAUUAAAGUUGAUAGCACUAGAACCGAAGAAAAUGAUUGUUUGAUAACUAUAUCAGCAAGAGAGGCAUUUGACGAUGCGUAUUCCCCAACCAUAGAAGCAGCUAUGCGUCUGCAACCAAAAUGCAGCGAGAAGGUUGAAAGAGAUUCAGGACUUGUUUCAUUUACCACUCGCAUUCUUGUGCCGAGCUCUAGGAUUGGUUGUAUUCUUGGUAAAGGAGGAGCUAUCAUUACUGAGAUGAGGAGAAUGACGAGAGCGAACAUCCGUGUUCUCGGGAAGGAUAAUCUUCCGAAAGUUGCAUCUGAAGAUGAUGAGAUGGUUCAGAUUUCCGGAGAACUUGAUGUUGCCAAGGAAGCUCUCAUACAAAUCACAUCAAGAUUAAGAGCCAACGUUUUUGACAGGGAAGGAGCUGUUUCUGCAAUAAUGCCGGUCUUGCCUUAUGUUCCUGUAGCACCAGAUGCUGGUGAUAGAUUUGACUAUGAUAGAAGAGAUACCAGAAGACCUGAACGCGGGAAUCAUUAUCCUGGUGGUUAUGGCUCAAGUGGGUUGUCUGCUGAAGGUUAUUCACCUUAUGGUGCGCCGGUUGGUGGUAGUAGUAGUACUCCAUAUGGAGUGUAUGGAGGUUAUGCAUCUGGACGCAGUGGCGGUUCUGGGUUAUCCAGCCAUUCAUCAACCCAUCGACGCAGAAACUAUGAUUACUAGAAGCUAUUGGUGGGUGAAUGAAAAGAGUCCUUAAAGAUCAUAUGCAGGGAAAGUGAUAAGUGAGAAUCGUUCUCGUUGGCGACAUUGUUCAUGCAUCAAUCUACCGUUCCUUUUGGUCCACAUGAAAAGGUAUUAUAUAUAUUUCGUCCUGUCUCUGUUAUUUCUUUGCACAUAUGCUUCUCUGCCAGCACUUAAGACACAGGUUGCUGCUAUUUCUGGAGGAUGUUCGUCGUUGGAAACCAAUCUUUUGAUCCUAGAUCGAUGGCAGCUUCAUCUCGCCAUAGGUGAACACUCCAAAGCCAGUUCAGUUCUAUGUCUGUCCGGUUUUCUUGGUUAAACAAACCCGGUUUUUUACCUAUCUCCAAGAUGAUGAGCUAAAUUGGUAGAAAAAAAAUUAUAUUAUUUCAAACCUAUUUCAAUAAUGGGUAGAAUCACUGUUUUUUUUCCUUUGUAAAACCAUUUGAAUUUGUAAAUAUUUCCUUACAGUUUAUUAAUUUAAACUAUUGAUAAGUUAAAGUUUA